UUCAGUACGCUUUGCGAACGGUUAACUUAACAGCGCCGAAAAUAAAUUCUAAAAUAAUACAAAAACCUUCUCGGCUUAAACAUUGAAGUGGCCUUCAGUCAGGAAAAUCAUACAUACAUAUAUCCAUAAAACAAUUACCGAAAACAUGGUGUCCAGAUUAUUCGCAGCUCUUUUACUUGCCAGUUUCUUGGCCCUUAGCUCGGCAACCAAAAUGCCCGACUAUAUUCAGAUCUGCCAUCGCAACGAUCCUGAGCUAUCCAAGUGCCUGAAGGCGAGUAUUCACAAAUUGCGUCCUUAUUUGGUCAAUGGCAUCGACGAAAUCAAUGUUCCAGCUAUGGAGCCACUGUACAUCGGAGAUCUCAACAUACUAGAAGCCGGUGCAGGUGGUGGCUUAACAGUCAAGGCCAAAAAGUUGAACAUCUUUGGUGCCUCCAACUUUGAAAUUACCAAAAUGCGUGCAUCCAUUCCCAACAAACGCUUUGAUUUUGAGCUGAUCUUGCCACAUCUUCAGGGCGAAGGGCAGUACGAUAUCAAUGGCAAUAUUUUGGCGCUGCCUAUUAAGGGCAAUGGUCCAUUUGUGGGCAACUUUACCAAUUUUGUAGCCUAUGUGCGCGUGACCUACGAUGUGAAAACUGUCAAUGACGUUGAAUACUUCGAUGUUAAGGAGUUUACAAUGAAGAUACGCACCGGUAAAGGUCGUCUACGUUUGGAGAAUCUCUUUAACGGAGACAAGGUGCUCGGCGACGUCAUUAAUCAGACCAUUAAUGAGAACUUUGAGUUGUUUACCAAUGAGGUGAUUGCGCCUAUUGCUCGAGCUUUAGAGGUUAAGUUCCUGGCUGUUGCUACCAAGAUUCUAGAGAACUUUACCUAUAAUGAGCUGUUUCCAGUUUAAUUUAAAUUGAAGUUGAAUAAUAUUUCAUGUGAUACCUUUAAUUUUU